GCAUGUGCAACUGCAGAUGGCGACGACAAUCUAUCUUCCGAGCAACUGAUGCGUCUAGCAGGGACAUGUGUUUGGAUUUCGGACAGUCACGCUUUAAUUUUGAAACUUCCAUCGUUCCGAUUUCGCGUCAUUGGGCGAACGUUGAUAGAUAGGUCGAAGACUAAACAUUGUUAGGUCUCGUGAAUUCUAUUUCCAUCCUCGCGGCCAUCACCAUGCCCCUGACUCUUCUCUCAGUUGUCGACCAUCAUCAAUAUUCGUCCUCCUCACCCUCCGGUCAUGUUGACCCCUCAAAACGGCGUUCACCCAGCACAAUGCAUAAUCAUUGGAGCGAGCUUGGAAGGUCUUCUAUGUGCCUAUCGUCUGCGACAAGUUGGGCACAAUGUCGUUGUCUUCGAGAAGAACUCUGAAGACGUACCGGUCCUUCAGCGUGGUGUACGUGCUCCUCCGAAUGCAGCGCGUCUUCUAGUCCGUCUUCCUGGUGUAAAAUCUCUGCUCCAAAACGAGGGUACAACUGCUUCAGGAUUGGAAUACAUUGAAGGAAGUACAUCCCGAUCAAUUGGACUGACAGAGUUUUUCGACCAAGUCAUGUCUGAUCUAGGCUCUGACUUCCACACAAUUCCACAUGGUGUUCUAUGCAGCCAUUUACGCAACCUCUGUCGUGAAGCUGGGAUCGACAUCAAAUAUGAAGUAGACAUCGUUUCGUUCUCGACGUCAAAAAUUGGCCGACCGACUGUCACUUCCAAGACCGGGGAAACGAUAGAGGGAGACCUGAUCGUGGGGGCCGAUGGCGACAGUGGGAUUAGCCGCACUUUUUUAUCGGAGACAUUUUCCGAAGUUGACAGCAAUAACAGCAGUGAUAGCGACGAAGAUCCCGAAUCUUCUCUUCAACGCACCGGAAUUCGUCAGGUAACAGGUGCAACGUUCUGUAUACCGGUCGCGUCUAUGCGUGCCGAUCCGAAGCUGGAAGGUUUGACGCGGUCGAACGCUAUUAAACUUUGGAUGAUUUCUGAUGGAAUGGUUUUAGGCGCGAUGCACGGACCUGAGCUAUACGUCGUCGUAAUUAUGUCUCCCAGCAAGUCCGAGUUCGAAGAUGUACAACUUGAAGGAGAGAAUGCCGAUGUUCUGGAGGCUUUUGCAGAUGUUCUUGGCCAGUGUGAUUCACUGGUUUUCCGGCUCCUGCGACUGGCAUCGCACUGUCAUCGAGAACGACAGAUAGUUCCCAAAGUCGCUCCGCAUCUUGUUGAUACCACUCGGAACGUUGUCCUCAUUGGAGAUGCGGGGAUACCCGGUCCGUUCUAUGGAAUAUACUCUGAUUGUUUGGCGAUUGAGAGUGCCUUUACUCUCCCUCAUCUAUUCUCUAGACUCUCAUCUGUGGAGCAGAUUCCACUUCUUCUAGACGGCUAUCAAAAGAUACGAACGCCCCGCAAUCUAGGCUCUUUAUCCUCGGAGCUGGAGGCUGCUGCGCUCAUGUCUUUAUCGCCUAGUGCCGAACGCGAUCAACGCGAUGAAGCACUGGCCUUGCGACUUGAUCAAGAAGAUGAGGCCGCAGCGAAAGUUUGGGCAGCGACGUUGAUACAAUUCAAUUACGAUGCGAUAGAGGCUGUGGAUGAAUGGUGGAUUGAGUGGGGGAAGUUCGUCAUAGAUGGUAAAGGUGCAUAACCGAUGUUUACUUCUUUCGUCAUUCUCAAAGCGACUUCCUGAUUCGACGCACACAGCCUUACAUCGGCAAUCAGUCUGGCUCUGGCCCCCAGUACCGGUUCAACGUUAUUAUUUAAUCACACUGCUUGGUCUCAGUUGUUCUCUGCCUCGAAUUCUCGCCUUUCUGAUGCCGCAGGCUACUAGAGCCUGGUGUUAAAAUGGUAGCAAAUUAAUGUGCCUUGUUGCCUCACCUAUAGCAGUGUAAGAUGCUAAUGUGCCGAGAAUAUCUAUGACCAGAUUCAGCCAUGUUCCCUAUGAGAUAUAAAUUUACAGCCCGCUUGGGCGCUGUGGGUUUAUGCAUCCACUUCAG